AUGCGCUCAACAUUCCUCCCCGUCGCUGUCGGAGCUCUGCUCGCCCCGGCCACCUCCCUGGCCCAGUUCGUUGGCGGAUCCGGUGGUAACACCACGGCUCCCUCCUCCUUGGGUCCUGACAAGGACGGCAAGUACUGGAUCUCCAGCGAACACAUCAAGGCCGCCUUCAUUCCCUACGGUGCCUCCGUCUCCGACUUCAUCAUCAACGACAAGUACGGCAUCCCCCGCGAUAUUGUCGCUGGCUGGGACAACGCCACCUACUACGAGACGGAUCGCCAGCACCCCCAUUUCGGCGGUGUCCCUGGUCGCUACGCGAACCGUAUCAAGAACGGCACCUUUGAGAUUGACGGCGAGAAGUACCAGAUCGACCUCAACGACAACAAUGGCCUCGACACCCUCCACGGAGGCUCUGACGGAUGGGACUGGCGCAACUUCACCAUUGUCUCCCACACCAAUAACAGCAUCACCUUCUCCUUCACCGACCCUGACGGAAAGGAGGGUUUCCCUGGCGAAGUCGUGUCGCUCAUCACCUACACCCUCAACGGCUGGAACUGGGACUUCAAGAUGAUCGCCGUUCCCACCACCAAGAAGACGCCCAUCAUGCUCAGCUCUCACACCUACUGGAACCUCGACGGCUUCUCCAACAACGAGACCAGCUUGGCUCUCAACCACACCCUUCACAUGCCCUACAAUGGCCAGAGAGUGGGCGUUGACAACAUUCUCAUCCCCACCGGUGAGAUCCUUGCCAACGAGAAGGGCUCCGUCAACGACUUCUGGAGCGCGCCCAAGCAGAUUGGUGCCGACUUCUCCAAGCCCGAGCUCAAGAACAACUGCGGUUUCAACUGCACUGGCUAUGACAACUGCUGGAUCGUCAACCGCAACGACCUGGGCCCCUACAACUGGCGCACCGAGGGCUACGUCGCCCGUAUGCAGUCCGAGUGGUCCGGUAUCCAGCUCGAGGUCUACACCGACCAGGACGCCUUCCAGAUGUACAGCUGCAGUCAGCAGAACGGCUCCGUGGCCCUCAAGAAGAGCCAGGGUCUGUUUGACGAUGCCAAGUUCCCCCGUAUCAUCCCCAAGUACGGCUGCGUCGUGCUCGAGGUCCAGGACUGGAUCGACGGCAUCAACAACCCCGCCUGGGGCCGCACCAAGAAGCAGAUCUACGAGCCCGGCGGUGACCCGUAUGUCCUCCAGGCCAGCUACCGCUUCAGCAUCAACUCCACUUCCAGUUCGUAG